GAGAGGAGGAAGAGGCAGCCAUUGUUGUUAUGGACGCUUACAACUUGAGGAUUUAUUAGUUUAUUGAAUAUUUUGAUUCCAUUUGCGCGUAAAUCGUAAUAUUAUAGUCCGGAAGUCGGUCACUGAAUUGCAGAAACAGAAUAUGUCUUAUGACGAUGAAAAUCUCGAUUUUAAUAAAAUCGACAAAGAAUUAGAUGCUGCGGUAGAAGCUGAUAAGCGAUAUUACAGAGAGAAUGAUGCAAAGUUUCGAGCUGUGCAUCAAAAAGUUGCUACUUAUGAUGAAUUUAGAGAUAUAGUGCUGGCAUCACAUAUUAAACCUUUAGAGAAAGGAGAUCGUAUAAGUGAAUGUAAAAUGACACAACCAUGGAAUACUGUAGCAAAUAAAGAAAUACCAGUAAAUUAUGAUAAAAACACUGAAAAUCAGACUCAACAGAAUUCCAACAGAAUACCCAAAACUAGUCAAGAGUUUGGAAAACAUUGGAAGAAAUCCCUGAAAACAUUGGACGAGAAAUACAAGUACUUAAUAGACAUUGGUGGAGAAAAACUGACGAAAAUAUUUCAUGCGGAAAUUAGUUUCGGGUUGCUUGGAGACAUAAUACAAGCCUUGACGAUGUACAGGUUGGACGAAAUGUCUUGUGUUGUAGAUAUUCUUGACAAAUUAACAACAAUUAAUAGAUUCUCACUUAGUGUUCAGUUUUUAAGUUCCAAAGAAAAAGUUGUUUGUAAACAGUUAUUUGAAAAAUUGUUAAAAGACAGUGCAGAUGACGAAACCAUUCAAGACAAAUUAAAAUGUAUGGAUACAUUAUAUGAAAUUUGUGAUCAGAAAUAAAUUUGAAGA